AUGUGGAAGAUCAUUGCCAUGGUAGCAGCCGUUGCCUUUCUCGCCAGCACGGCAUCUGCCGAGAAGAACACGCUCGGCCCACGGUGGCUUGUCUUUUCCGGCGACCGCCAGUUCUGUGGCCCCAUUCCCCAGGUGGCCACCAUGUCCAUGGUCCAGCCGAAGCACAUGACCCCUCCGUGCAAGCCCGGCAAGUAUCACUCUGCACUGGCCAAGGUCUUCAUCAUGCCGCUGCUUGUGGUCAUCGGUGUCGUUCUUUGUGGCUGUGGUUUCUGCGUCAAGGCCUGCUGCCUCUCGUCGCCAUCAUCGGCGUCUGCGUCUGCAAAUGGAUCGCGUGGUGGCGUGCCUGGUGUCGGCUUUGCCUCGACCAACUCGUCGCUGAGCAAGGCUGCUGGUGAUGGACGUGGCGACUACGGUGCGCUGCCGGCAUCGGCGUCGAAUGGGGUCUCGGUCAACGCGCUCUACGCCCGCCGCAACGGGUCGCCACCGGUCAUUGCCAUUGUGGCGGCGGUGGGCGUGGUGGUGGCUAUGGCGGUGGCGGUGGCCGGUGGCGACGAGGUGCGGACGCUGACGUAUGGCGCGCGACAGCUGCCUGCGGAGCAUGGGCGCGCUCAAGCCUGGGCGCCGCAGUCUGCGGCGGCAGUCGCGGCGCUCUCGUCGUACUCAUCGGGCACGCACAAGAUCGCCGACUCGCUGGCUUCACUCGACUCGCUCCGCGCCGCUUUUCUCAUCAUCACCGCCGUGUUUGUCACGCUGGCUGUUGUGGGCGGGCUCGCGGUCCACGCCCUCAACUGGCGGCGGCUCUCGCUCGGGCUGGCCAUUGUGGGCAUUGUGGCGCUGGCGUGCGUGUGGGGCAACUUUAUGGUGUACGUGACGGCGGCAAACGUGAUCUCGGACAUGUGCCGGACCAUCAACGGUUGCCACUUUUGCUACGAGAGCGGCGGGAGCAACUGCGGGUCGACCGUGUGUGCGGUGCCGUUCUUCGAGACACUGUCCGCGUGCCCGGCGUCGGCGCAGAACCGGUUCCAGUCUCUGACCGCGGUGGCUGCCUCGGCCACCAAGGGCAAGGCCGACGACGUCUGCGCCGCGCUCGACAAGCUGUGUCCAGACGGAGCGUCGUGCGCGCGGACCUCGGGCGACUGCACAGCGUCUGCACUCGGCUCUGGCCUCUCGGCGCUGGUUUGCGACGGCCCGACGUGCUUCCCAGUCUCUACGGUGGCGGCCAACGCGACGGGAAAUCCGGCGUUCUUUGCCCGCGUCGACGAUGCCGAGGCCGUCAUGACCGCCUUUGCUGCCUUUGGCACCGCCAACUCCUACCAGCUCGGCCUCACCUCGCUCGACUGCGGGAGCAACAACGCGUUCAUCGAGCGCGCCCCGGGCGGGACCUACGACUCGCUGCAAAAGUUCCUCUGCCCGCGCAUUGUUCACCCGGUCAACCCGCCGCAGCAUACGUUCUCGGUCACCGCCGGCGGCCUCCUCGCCGCUGGCCUCAUCUUUCCGCUCUACGUCGUGUGGCUUGUCCGUGCCCAUCACGCCGCCACCAGGCGGCAGGCCGAGUAA